UGGCGGAUAUUAGAGAGAGAGUAUAGAAAGAGAAACAAAAACAGUCUUCAUUUCUUCAUAACUCUCAACCAGAAAGAAACAUCAAUGGGGGAGGCUCAAGAAGAGAAGAAACCAGAGGAGAAGAAUAUGGAAGAGGAGAAGAAACCAGAGGAACCUAAAAAAGAAGAAGCCCCUAAACCAGAUGAUGAAAAGAAAUCCGAUGAAGCCCCACCGCCACCACCGCCGCCGGCGGAAAUCAUCCUCAGAGUUUACAUGCAUUGUGAAGGCUGUGCCAAGAAAGUCCGGCGAUGUCUUAGAGGUUUCCCAGGAGUUGAAGAUGUUUUUACCGAUUGCAAAACCCAUAAAGUGGUAGUGAAAGGAGAGAAAGCUGAUCCAUUGAAGGUAUUAGAGAGAGUUCAGAAGAAAAGCCACCGUCAAGUCGAGCUUCUCUCUCCGAUCCCAAAGCCGCCGGCGCCGGAGGAACCCAAGAAGGUUGAGGAGAAAGAUCUACCUAAACCGGAAGAACCCAAAGAAGUGCCUCAAGUGAUUAUUGUUGCUCUUAAAGUACACAUGCAUUGUGAAGCUUGUGCUCAAGAAAUCAAACGUAGAAUCCUUAAAAUGAAAGGAGUUGAGAAAGUAGAUGCAGAUCUAAAGAUUUCCCAAGUAACCGUUAAAGGAAUUUUCGAUCCAUCGAAGCUUCUAGAAUAUGUUUACAAACGGACUGGAAAGCAAGCUGUGAUCUUGAAACAGGAGCCUGAGAAGAAAGAGGAAGUAGAGAAAGCCAAGGAAGAGAAUAAAGGUGAGGAGGAGGCGGCGGCGCCGCCUCCAGCACCGGCGCCGGCGGUUGAGGAAGAAAAGAAGGACGGUGGCGGAGAGGAAACGAAGGAGAAAAAGGAAGGUGAUGAUACGGCGGCGCCGGCGCCGCCGGCAGAUGAGGAUGCCGGAAAGGUGGUGGAGGUGAAGAAGAAUGAGUUUUAUUACUAUUAUCCUACAAAUUUCCAAUUAUACCCUCCUAGGUUUGCGACUGAGAUGUACUCUACUCAUCCUGGUUAUGCCCCUCAGAUGUUUAGUGAUGAGAAUCCGAAUGCAUGUAGCGUGAUGUAAAAAGGGAUGAAUAUGAGGGGUAAAAUGGGGAAAGAAAUGUAUGGGCAGAAUGUCCAUGGAUGAUGGCUUUGCAUGUGAUGCUGCUGGUGCUUGUUUUUUUCUUUUUUUUUACUGCAGAGUUAAAACUAUAGUAAAAAUUUUGUACUGCUA